AAUCUUGGAUCUUGGGAAUUUCCAACUCAAGCUCACAGAACAGAUAUCGACCUUCGAAUUCUCUCCUUCGACAGCAGAAUUCGUACGAAAUGGCCCCGCCAACAACGAAGAAAGGUGGCGCCUCCAAGGCGCCGAAGGGCAACAAGCAGGCGCAAGCCGCUGCGAAGGCUGUCCUCAAGGGUGUGCACUCCCACAGGCCCCGUAAGGUCCGGACUUCGACCACCUUCCGCCGGCCCAAGACCCUCGAGCUGUCUCGCGCCCCCAAGUACCCCCGCAAGUCGAUCCCUCACGCUCCCCGUCUGGAUGAGCACAAGAUCAUCGUCCACCCUCUCAACACCGAGAGCGCGUUGAAGAAGAUUGAGGAGAACAACACCCUUGUGUUCAUCGUCGACGUCAAGGCCAACAAGGCCCAGAUCAAGCAGGCUCUGAAGAAGCUGUAUGACAUUGACACCGUCAAGAUCAACACCCUCAUUCGGCCCGAUGGCUCCAAGAAGGCAUACGCCCACCUGACUGCCGAUGUUGAUGCCAUGGACAUUGCUGCUACCAAGCUUGGUCUCGUCUAAGUCUUCCACGUCAAUUGCGGGUAGCAAGAAGUGGCGGCUCAUUGGGAAGGGAAGGGAAAAGAACUGCAUUUUCAAUCGGCGUCAGAUACCUAGGCUUUGGGCUCAUGACUCGGCGGCAAUGAAAAGAAUUGGUCAUUCCAACCCUCCCACUGAUCCCAAUUAUGAUAUGUUCACUCUUUACAAUGCGAACUCGUGUGCAGGUACAACAUAGAAUAGCCUUCCCCAGGCUAUAACUUCCAUAUCCUGCCUUUGUUUACAUGCUCUAUGUGCUGUAUAUAGUCGUACACAGCUCCUUGGCUCCAUUGGUGCCAAUGUAGUAAUACACACCGUCAACAGGCCGGUCGGGUCUUCU